AUGAUGCGUAUAGCUAUUGCCGGAGGUACUGGUCUUGGGUACCUCCUGGCCAGUCAACUUUCGGAAGCAGCCUACGCUUAUCAAGUUGUUGUUCUAUCACGUUCUCAACACCCUGAGUAUGCAGGGCUUGAUGUUCAAGUCACAGUUGUCGAUUACAACGAUGAAGAGAACCUCUCAUUCGCACUUCAAGGAAUAAAUCUCGUUAUAUGCACCUUCUCGGGGAAUGAGCAACUCAAUCUCAUCAAUUCGGCCGCUCAGAAUGGUGUGCAGUUCUUUGUCCCUUCUGAAUUCGAAGGCUCAAUUGACAAACGUCCCGACAAUGACCAACUCUACCCCGAUUCCUACUCGACCGAAGCGAGACAACUUUUGAGGCGUUGGACAAGAAUGUCUCAAAUGAAGUGGACUGUAUUCUCCUGCGGUGUCUUUAUGGAGAGAUUUCUUCCUGGCGGACUCGGGAGCAUGUUUAUUGGCUACCGUUCAAACUUGGCCAUGGCUGGAUCUUACCUACUUGACACAAGCUCGUACACCGCCGAGUGCGUGGAGAAGAACGCUCGAGGACAUACAGUUCGAUUCGUGGUCGCAGCUAUUGUUCUGGGGCCGGCAAGCUGGCCUCGUGAAUUGACCAUGCGAGGCGACCGGCUGUCAGUUAGGGAUGUCGUUGGACAAUGCUCGAGGGCUCUGAAUGCUAACUCAUCAGCCCCCUUUCAGCUUUCCCAGUGGCAGGCUACAGACCCUGAUCGACUUGCUACUGCGUCCUACCAGCAGGGUGAUUAUCCAAAGUAUCUAUUCUACCGUCAGCUCCAAGUAACUGUCGAAGGAAGAUAUGACUUUAGUCAGGCGUCUCUGAACGAUCUCGUCAAUGCAAGUUCGCGUGUCAAUGUUCAGCCUGCAAAUUUUCGUCAGUGGCUGAGUGCCAACUUUUGA